UCAGAAUUCUGGUUGCGCGCGUUUUCCCGCCUUUUUUAUUUUCUAUCUCCUGUUUUGGCAUUUCAAUCCUCUCUUCACUUCUUCCCUUCAAAGUUGAUCACAUCUCUCAGUGAUUGAUUCCGACGAACAGCCCUUCCCUUUUCAAUCCUCUAUUCACUUCCUCCCAUCAAACUCUGGGGCUUUCGACCUCCGAAACCCGCCCACUUACCUCCUCAGUUUACGCUAUUCUUUCUCCUUUUCUUCUUCUCCUAGGGUUUCAGAUUGAAGCCAUGUACGUCAAGGAGAUCUGCCUGGAGGGCUUCAAGUCCUACGCAACGCGAACAGUAGUUUCCGGAUUCGACCCCUACUUCAAUGCCAUAACGGGGUUGAAUGGCUCAGGGAAAUCGAACAUUCUCGACUCUAUCUGUUUCGUGCUGGGUAUCACGAAUCUGCAGCAAGUCCGGGCUUCGAAUCUACAGGAGCUGGUUUACAAGCAGGGACAAGCUGGGAUUACCAAGGCGACGGUUUCGAUUGUGUUUGAUAACUCGGAUCGGAGUAGGAGUCCUCUUGGAUACGAAGAUUGUCGGGAAAUCACAGUGACGCGACAGAUUGUUGUGGGUGGAAGGAACAAAUAUCUCAUUAAUGGACACCUCGCUCAGCCAUCUCGAGUCCAAAAUCUUUUUCAUUCUGUGCAGCUCAAUGUUAAUAAUCCACACUUUCUCAUAAUGCAAGGGCGUAUAACCAAGGUUUUGAACAUGAAACCCCCUGAAAUCUUAUCCAUGCUUGAAGAAGCUGCUGGGACAAGAAUGUAUGAGACGAAGAAGGAGGCUGCAUUGAAGACACUUGAGAAGAAGCAGAGCAAGGUUGAUGAGAUAGACAAACUUCUUGACCAUGAAAUACUGCCUGCUUUGGAAAAGCUGAGGAAAGAAAGGAUGCAGUACAUGCAGUGGGCUAACGGUAAUGCAGAAUUAGAUCGUCUUAGAAGAUUUUGUAUUGCUUUUGAGUUUGUUGAAGCAGAGAAAAUAAGAGACUAUGCUGUCACGGAAGUUGAACAGACCAAAGGAAAAAUUGCCCAGAUUGAGGAUAAUGUAAAAAACAUGCAGUUGGAGAUGCAGGAAAUGGAGACCAAAAUAUCAAACUUGGCUGCUGAAAAAGAAGCAACAAUGGGUGGGGAGGUAAAAAUUUUGUCAGAUAAGGUGGAUGCCCUUUCUUGUGAUCUUGUGCGAGAAACAUCCGUACUAAAAAAUCAAGAAGAAUUACUCAAGGCAGAAAGGAAGAACACUGAGAAGAUUGUAAAAAGCAUUGCUGAUAUUAAGAAGUCCAUAGAAGAGAAGGACUCUUGUGUCAAAAAGUCUCAAGAUGGGGCCGCUGAUCUCAGAAAGAAAGUUGAGAAUCUAUCUAAAAAUUUGGAAGAAUAUGAAAAAGAAUAUCAGGGUGUACUAGCUGGUAAGAGCAGCGGAAAUGAAGAGAAGUGCCUUGAAGAUCAAUUAGGUGAUGCUAAAGCUGCUGUUGGGUCUGCUGAAACAGAAUUGAAACAGUUGAAAACCAAAAUAAGCCACUGUGAGAAAGAACUGAAAGAGAAAAAGCAGCAGUUGAUGUCAAAACGUGAAGAAGCUGUUGCUGUAGAGAAUGAACUUAACAUCAGAAAAAAAGAUGUGGAACAUGUUAAGAUGGCUCUAGAAUCUGUUUGUUAUGAGGAGGCUCAGAUGGAAGAUCUACAAAAGGAUCGUGUAUCUGAGUUGGAGCUGGUGCAGAAAUUGAAGGAUGAGGUUCGGGUACUUUCAGGACAAUUGGCAAAUGUCCAGUUCACUUACCGUGAUCCCGUGAAGAAUUUUGACAGGUCAAAAGUGAAGGGUGUGGUUGCAAAGCUCAUUAGAGUGAAGGAUAGCUCCACAAUGACUGCAUUGGAGGUUGCUGCUGGAGGCAAGCUAUAUAAUGUUGUUGUAGAUACUGAAAAUACGGGAAAGCAACUACUCCAAAAUGGUGACCUUCGAAGAAGAGUUACAAUUAUACCUCUGAACAAAAUACAAUCUCAUACUGUUCCCCCUAGGGUUCAAAAUGCUGCUGUUAGAUUGGUUGGUGAUGGAAAUGCCCAACUGGCACUUUCUUUGGUUGGAUAUGAUGAGGAAGUAAAGAACGCGAUGGCAUAUGUAUUUGGUUCAACUUUUGUUUGCAGAAGUACUGAUGCUGCAAAGGAGGUUGCCUUUAAUAGGGAAGUCCACGUUCCAAGUGUAACUCUUGAAGGUGAUAUAUUUCAGCCCAGUGGUCUUCUCACUGGGGGUAGUCGCAAAGGUAGCGGUGAAUUGCUAAGGCAACUUCAUGCAUUGGUAGAGACUGAAUAUAAGCUUUCUUUUCAUCAAAAGAGGUUAUCGGAAAUUGAAACCAAGAUUGCACAGCUUUCGCCACUGCAGAAAAAGUUCUUGGAUCUUAAAUCACAAUUGGAACUAAAGCUAUAUGAUCUUUCACUAUUCCAGAGUAGAGCAGAGCAAAAUGAACAUCAUAAGCUAGGUGAAUUAGUGAAAAAGAUGGAGCUGGAGCUUGAAGAAGCAAAAUUGAAAGAAAAAGAGAAACAGCUUCUUUAUGAUAACUGUUUAUCUACUGUAUCAUUGCUUGAAAAAUCAAUCAAGGAGCAUUCUCAUAAACGAGAUAGCAUACUGAAGGAUUUAGAGAAAAAGAUUAAUACAACGAAAGCUCAGAUGCAGUCAGCUUCAAGGGACCUCAAGGGUCACGAAAAUGAAAGAGAGAGGCUGAUUAUGGAAAAAGAAGCAGUUAUAGAGGAGCAUGCAUCCUUAGAGAAUCAAUUGGCUUGCUUUGAGACCCAAAUUGACAGUCUUGCAUCAGAUGUUGAUAAACAUAAAAACAAGGUUAUUUUGAUAAAAAAUGAUCUUGAUCAUGCCCAAUCGGAGCUCAAUUUGAUUCGUUCAAGGUUGAAAGAAUGUGAUUCCCAAAUUAGGUGCAUUGCCAAAGAGCAACAGAAGCUCCAGCAUAAACUUACUGAAGCAAAUCUAGAGAGGAAGAAGAUGGAAAAUGAGGUGAAACGGAUGGAACUGGAACAGAAUGAUUGUUCUCUGAAGGUGGAAAAGCUUCUUGAGAAGCAUAGCUGGAUUGCAUCCGAGAAACAACUUUUUGGAAGAAGUGGGACUGAUUACGAUUUCUCUUCACAUGACCCUUGUAGAGCGAGGGAGGAUUUGGAAAAGCUCCAGGCUGAGCAGUCGGGCCUUGAGAAGAGGGUUAACAAGAAAGUUAUGGCAAUGUUUGAGAAAGCAGAAGAUGAGUAUAACGAUUUGAUAUCAAAGAAAAACAUCAUUGAGAAUGACAAGUUGAAAAUCAGGAAAGUGAUUGAAGAGCUUGAUGAGAAGAAGAAGGAAACACUAAAGGUUACUUGGGUCAAGGUUAACAAGGAUUUUGGAUCUAUCUUUUCUACUUUAUUGCCAGGAACAAUGGCAAAAUUGGAGCCUCCUGAAGGAUGUAAUUUCUUAGAUGGUCUUGAGGUCCGUGUUGCAUUUGGAAGUGUGUGGAAGCAAUCACUGUCAGAACUUAGCGGAGGGCAACGGUCACUUCUUGCACUUUCACUGAUUUUGGGAUUGCUUCUCUUCAAGCCUGCUCCACUUUAUAUACUAGAUGAGGUAGAUGCAGCUCUUGAUCUGAGCCACACACAGAACAUUGGAAGGAUGAUAAAAGCUCAUUUUCCACAUUCUCAGUUUAUUGUGGUUUCUCUGAAAGAAGGCAUGUUCAAUAAUGCCAAUGUUCUAUUUCGGACUAAAUUUGUUGAUGGCGUCUCCACUGUCCAGAGAACUAUGGCAUCUAAACAGAACAAGUGAUUCCCUACAUGUACCUAAGAUUCAUCACAAGCAGGUUGGGUUAAUAUUCUUGAUAGCUCUGUUAAGUGGUCCAGAUCCUUAUAGCUGCUUGUUCGAAAGAAUGCUUUGACAAGACCACAGGACUAUGAUCAUGUUGGAUCUCUGAUCUUUUGUCCUUGUAAUAAUGUUGUAAAUAUUUUGUAAGGUAACCAGGUACCUUGAUCACUGAUUACUUCAAUCGGUGGAUGACAUGCAUUGUUUGGAAAUUUGAGAUACUUUCGAAAGUGAGAUUGAAAAAUUCACAUGCACAUAAGAAACAAAUACUUUGAUGGUUUAAUUUGUAUUGGUAUUGGGUAUUGUAUUGGAUAA